AUGGAAAAAGCAGAAACUAACCCUCCACGGACACGGAAGACGAGUAGAGUUGAGCAAGUUGUAGGACGAUGGCUCCGUCGCUCAAGAGACAACACUCCAAGGGAAAAGCUUCCAGGGGAUGAUCCUGCAGACAAGAGUAACCAGCAGGUGAACAUCCCGCUGAAGAUCACCUUGCAUAUUCACAAGGAUGUACUGCUUGGACUUUUCAGAUUUCAGAUGUUAACUGUUCCUCCCUUCAUUGUCAAAGGAGUACCAGCAGGUGGCCCCACUGAAGAAAGGCUUUUGCCAGGUGAUCAGAUCGUAAAAAUAAAUGAGGCUUUUGUGGACGCUGUGUCCGGUGAACAGGCACUGGAUAUCAUCAGAGAAUCCAAAGACUUGGUUGCAGUUACGGUCCUUAGACACACUUCUGGGCCGAAAUCAUCCUUUAUCACUGAAGAGAAAAGAGCCCGGCUGAAGAGCAAUCCUGUGAAAGUUCGCUUUGCUGAGGAAGUGAAAGUUAAUGGUCACUCUCAGGGCAGCUCCUUUCUUUUUCUACCCAAUGUUCUCAAGAUCUACUUGGAAAAUGGUCAAACGAAAGCAUUUCGAUUUGAGAGUUUGACUACAGUUAAGGAUAUCAUCCUUACACUUCAAGAAAAACUAUCAAUUCGCUGCAUCGAACACUUUGCGCUUGCACUCGAAGAACAGUACAAUAUAGCCAAGCUUCACCUCCUUCACGAAGAUGAACGUAUCCAACAGGUGGUACGGAGGAAGGAAUCCCAUAACUACCGAUGUCUGUUCAGGGUCUGUUUUAUCCCAAAAGAUCCAUUUGACCUGUUUCAAGAAGACCCAGUUGCAUUUGAAUAUCUCUACUUGCAAAGCUGCAGCGAUGUCCUUCAUGAGAGGUUUGCAGUUGAAAUGAAGUGUAAUGUCGCCCUGCGGCUGGCGGCCCUGCAGAUUCAGGAACGCAUCCAUGCUUCUGGUCAGCCACAGAAGUUCUCCCUGAAAUAUAUAGAGAAAGACUGGGGAAUUGAAAAUUUCAUAUCUCCCACUUUGCUUCGAAACAUGCGCGAGAAAGACCUUAAGAAAGCGAUCACUUACCACAUCAAAAUGACGCAAAGUUUCCCAGAGCCUGGACAAAAGCAACUUAUUUCAGCAGCACAAGCACGGCUAAACUACCUGAAGAUACUUGGAGAGUUAAAAACAUAUGGAGGCAAAAUCUUCAAUGCUACUAUGAUGUUGCAGGACAGAGAAUCCUCCAUCACAUUAUUAGUUGGGGCCAAGUAUGGCAUAAGUCAGAUUAUCAAUAAUAAGCUCAGCAUUAUGACAACCUUGACAGAGUUUCUGAAUAUCUCUCGAGUCGAACUGAUUCCCGAGUCCAGUAAGGUCAGCUCAGUGAAAAUCUAUCUGCAAGAUAUAAAGCCCAUUUCAUUGCUAAUGGAGUCUCUUGCUGCCAAGGACCUGGCCUGUCUUGUCGCUGGCUAUUAUAAGCUGUUUAUUGAUUCUGGAGCAUCCAUAUUCUCAUGGACAUGUUAUCAGAAAAUGCACAAAAUGCUUGCUGAAGAAGGAUAUGAAUCAAGAGGCUGCAGUGACUCCGAGGAGUCAUCAGAAGUGGACUCAUCUCAGGAUUUACUAUCUGACGUUGACAUCAUUCAAACAAAAGGUGGUCCGGGAGCCAUUUCUAAAGAGAAAGGAUGGGAUAACCUGCCUCUCUGCGAUAGAAUAGAUGCAAAAGAUAGCUGCCAGCAUGACAGUGAAGACAGUGUGGUUGAUAACAGCAUUUCAGAAGCAUCUGAUUCUGGCAGAGCUGAAAGUCGAGAGGACAGCCGUUUGAAAUUAAGUUUUUCUAGUGACUCAAUGGAUGCUUUGGAAGAGGAUGAUCUUGUGGCAUGUUCUUCAAGCAGCACAGAGUUUUAUCAGAUUCCCCAUCCCUAUUCAGAAAGCACAAUGCACCCUGAAAAUGUGCACUUUGAAAAAGCUGAACUGAAUGAAUCUGUAACACAGGGUACGAGGUCAUGUGAUCAUGACGGUGUGGUCUCUUUACAUAAGCACAUUCUGAAGGGUGAAGUCUUGAUGGAUGACAUGCGUCUACUGAGUGAACACUUGACUCCCAGUGAGAAUACGUCCAACAGCCUUACGUCUGACUGUGUCUUUACUUUCAGUGAGAACACCAUGCAGUAUUACAACUUGUGUGCAAACGUCACGCCAGACAGCGCUACUGACAAACACUUUUUUGCCCGAGCUGGGAGGAACACCAUUUCUGAAACGACACCUCCUACCACAUGCCAGGAAAGUACCCUCGGCAUCGUAGAGAAUAAUGUCAUUCUGGAGCCACCACCAGGCUUUGGAGACAGCAGUUCGGAUGAGGAGUUCUUUGAUGCACCUGAGAGACUGACACCGAUGGCCACUUGGCGUGGGCAUGUGGCUUUUCAGAAUUUAAGUGUCAAAGAAAACAUCAGUAGUACAAUACAUCUCAGUGACAUUGGAAUUGAAGUCAGUGAGCUGGAUAAAGGGGAAGAAACGGAAGAUGAGGCGAGUGUAGAGCCUCAUACACUUUUAGAUGAUGCAGAUUACACCUCAUGGGGGUCUGUUUCUGAAAGCAGAAGUCACCUCAACAAUUGUGAGAAGGAAACCCCAACCAUCUCUUCUGUGAGCAACCUGGAGAAUGAGCCUACACUGCUGGAGACCAAAUCCAUCACUCAUCUUGCAUGUCCAAGGACUUCUACAAACAAGACAUUCUCUUCUGGCCUGAUGGAAAUGGAACCGGACACCAUGGAAACUAAGUUGGUAACUGAAACUCUGAACAGGGUCUCACCUGUCAAGGCCAUCCGCUGUAGAUCUAAUCCAGAAGAAACAGAGGGUAGAACCCUGGAUAGUGAUGUUUCUCAAAACAGCCAAAAGGAAGUUUGCCAUGAUGCUAACCAUGAGGCCAGAGAGAUCAGUGAAGAGCAAAGCCACUAUAAGAUGGUUACAUUACAAAUGGAAGAAGUGCAAUCAAGCCAUCUCUCAGUGCCUGGUUUGGAUAGUAAACAUGCUGAGGACCAUCUGUCCCAGGUUCCUGCUGAAACUGGUACACACCUGGACUGUUAUAUAAAUCCCAGUAGUGAUGGCUUUGAAGAAACAGCGUCGGACAGUGCCACGAGACAUUUGCAGUCAACUUCUAUUGAAAACAUUUCCAUAAACAGCACAAAAAGGGGAAUUUCAGUUAGUCACGAAUGUCUUUUACUUCUGGGUUUAGGGGGUUUAGUACCUAGAAGAAGCCCAACAUUUUCCAGCCAUAAGGACUUAAGCUUAAAUUUUACUGGCUUAUCUGGAGUUGUGAGUCAUCUGUCCACUUCGACCUUGAGAACUAAAAUCCAGAGUCUGCCUUUGUACUUAUCACAAUCUCAUGACUCAAUCAAAUGUAAUUUGCCAGAAACCCAACUGGUCGCUAAUGAGCAAGAAUUUGGUACCUUCAGAAGCAGCUACACAUUUUCCUUCACAAACAACACAUCUCAUCCAUUGGGUGCAACUGGCUCGACUCCUUGUUUGUCAACUUUUCAGCCAUUUUAUAAAAAGGCGGACCCUUGUUUAUCAUCCUUAGUGCAGAUAAAACAUGAAUCUAGUCCAUUGGUAGAGUUGCUGUCAAAGUCAAAAGCCUUUAAUGAUGACAAUGGCUUGGAGUAUGUGCCAAGACCAGGACAAUCGGAAGCCUUACAGUACUCCCUAAAUGCGGAGACAACAGUGAUCAGGCCCAAAGGGUUAAGUGGGACAUGUGGCUGUGAGACAAUAUACACCCAGUGCUUCACUGGUUCCAAAAAUGUAUUUAUGGAGGAAAAGUCUCAUUUGGAGUAUUCAAGUAAAAACUUCACACCCUUAACAAUUCCACCCUUACGCAGAAGUCAUCUUAACGGAGAGCUCAUUCCUUUGUUUUCACAAGUUGAUCAACAAGAUCAGCAAUCCAGCUCGAGUUUCCAUUCAUCUCAAGUAAACCACAUAUUAAAGCCACUUAUGGACAAGAUGUAUUCUACUCCAGAAGGUUUUAGCCUUUUGCAUGGUGACAUCUCAAAGUUGCUCAGUGUGCUAGAUCAAAACUCCGAAAGCAGGAGUCAGCAUCGUAAGGAAGCGUGCAGGCUUCUGUUCUCGCGUAACAAACAGUUACUCAUGGAUGAGUCAAGAAAGCUGAUGUCCAGCUGUCAGAAAGUCAUCCGAGCGGAUCAGAGUGAAGAAGAGAUGCUACAGUCGCUUUCGGAGAGCUUCCACCUUCUUGUUCGCCUGAUGUCUAUCUGUUUAUGGUUGACAGACUGUGCACAGUGUAGGAGGAUCCACUGUGAAGUUCUGGGUAGCUUAAGAAAUGUUGUUGUCACAUAUGAAGAGUUUGUGCAGUCGGCUGAGAAAGCUUGUGGCAGAAACUGCCAGGAUUUUGCAAUAAAGCUCCUUGCCCGCCAAUGUACCACACUUACAGCAGGACUCUUUUGCUUGACACAGUUGCUAAGGCCACUGCCCUGACUUUACAUGUGAGAAAGACUUUCAAUUUAUGUUUAAUGUUAAAGUCACUAACUUGCUUCGAUUAAAAACAUUAACAACAUAAGCAUAAUAAGAUAAAUGUGGAAGAAGAUCUUUCAGUUCAUGCACGCUCAACUCAGAUUUGUUUCACUUCCUCUACUUUUUGCACUUUUUAUUAUCUGUACAAAUGAUAAAACCCUACCUCCUAUAUUCCAUUGACAUUUGUUUAUUUAUUUAUUUAAGAAAUCAAAAAGUGAAAAUGCAAAAUACAUGGCACAAUUCAGUCACAGAAUUUCAGAAUCCACUAAUUCCGACUCAGGACUGGGAGACAUUGGAGUCUCUUUUGUCAUUAACAACUGCAAGGCUGCCACGCCAGUCCAUACAGCAUAACAUACAGCCACU